AUGAAUAUAUUAUAUACAAAUUCUGAGUUUUUAUUAUCUCAACGCAAGCGGUGUUCUCUUAACUCUAAAAUGGGAGGAAAUUUAUCAAGUGAUUUAAAAUCAUCGAAAUAUAGAAAGAGAGAGAUUGUAGAUCUCCGAAAGAUGGAGAUUGACAAGUUGCCACCAACCAUUGGUGCACUCUUGUGCAAAGAGUUGUUGUUGGCCGAGAACGACUUGACAACUCUUCCUGAAGAGAUUGGCAAGUUGUCCAACGUGCAGGUACUCGAUGUCAGCAAGAACCGUAUCACAUCGAUCCCACUCGAGAUUGAGGAAUUGUCACAUAUGGUGUCUCUUACCGAGCUUGAUCUCAAGGUCAACCCACCUCUCUCCUACGUGCCAUCACUUGCCAAUCUCCGUCAACUCAAGAAGCUCUCCAUUCGUAAUCUCCAAAUCUCACAUCUUCCCAUGGGUGUCGGUCUCCUCAGCGAGUUGCAAGAGUUGGAUAUGCGUGACAACCCUCAACUCAAGGAGGUGCCAUAUGACAUUGGUACCCUCAUCAACCUCCAACGUCUCGAUCUCUUUGGCAACAACAUGAGAAUCAUCCCACGUGAAAUUGGUAACCUCAUCAACCUCCAAUCACUCGAUCUUCGUCAAAACCAAUUGCUCAUUGACAAUAUCCCACAAGAACUCGGUCGUCUGGUCAACCUCAAGAAACUAUCAUUGUCUGGUAAUCGUCUAGUUGCUCUUCCUGCUGAAGUUUGUACUUUAACUAAUCUAAAGGAAUUGGAAUGUGCAAAUAAUCAACUCCAAGCUCUUCCAAAUGAAAUUGGUCAAUUGGUUGCAUUGACAAAGGUCAAUUUCUCUGCAAAUAAACUUACAACUCUUCCAGCUUCAAUUGGUGAUCUUGUAGAAUUACAACUUGCUGAUUUCAAAUCAAAUGAAAUUGCAGAUUUACCAGAAACAUUGGGUGGAUGGAAGAAUGUAACAAAGAUCGAUUUGAGUCAUAAUAUGCUUACAGAGCUCCCUUGGGAAUUAGGUCAAUUAGAGGGAACACUUACCAUACUCGAUGUCGGUCACAAUCCAUUGACCAUUCCACCAAAUCCAAUCGUUAUCAAAGGUACCGAAGCUAUUGUCCAAUGGUUAAAGAAGAAUGAAAAGGAAGGAAGAAAGGGCAAGGUCUCCGGUCUUGAAAUUCAACAAGAUGACGAUAAAAAGAAAUAA